AUGGUCAAGCGGUCGCACGAACGUGUCGAACGAGGGACAGCGAGGUCAUCGGAAUCCUUUCCUGUUACAACGACGACAACGACGACGUCCGUAAUGGCGACGACGGCCGGAGCGGAGCAUGUCGAUCUCGAGUGUUUCCUCGUGACGAAGCACUCGUGGAAGGGCAAGUACAAGCGCAUCCUGUCGAUCAGCGCGGUUGGCGUUUCGACCUACAAUCCGGACAAGUUCGAUCUUACCAAUCGGUGGCCGUACAGCGAUGUGGUCAGCGUGCUUCCGAAUCGAUCGGCCAACACGGCGUACGAGUUUGUGCUGAAUCUGCGGAAGGAUAAGAAGCUCGACACGAUCAAACUGUCGUCGGAGAACCGCAGCGAAAUACUCACCUCGUUGCUCAAGUAUCAUAAGGAGUUUGCCGACAAACCCAAACCAGCGUUGGAUGAUGUUGUAGAACGUCCUGUCGAUCCGCUCGUCCACCACCAUCCACCGUCAUCUUUUCCAUCAGCUUCAUUGCGUGCCGCGCGGGACGAUGGUGAUAGUAAGGGGGUGGCGUGGACGUGGUGGCUAAAGACGAUUGUUGCUUCCUUUCUACCGCUUUCGCCACCGGUUAGGCCCUGUUUGCCGUGUAGUAUCGUGACCAAAAAAUAUGUGGCCUACAAGCAUCACUGGUCCGGGACGACGCUACCGACCAUGCUGGAGGUGACACCCUGUUCGCUGGAUCAGCUCGACCCCACCACCGGCACGGUGCUGGCCAGCUACAACUACAAAGACAUCGAUGGUAUCAUCGGCAUUCACGAUUAUCCGAACGGGAUCGUGCUGGCGUACGGUGGGCACAGUCGGUUGCAUCUGUUUCGUGUCGAAAAUAACCACGACAUCGUCCAGGCCAUCUCGCAGAAUGCCCAGCAGCACCUGGGCGCGGAAAUAAAGGUGCUCAAGAGCCAGAUUACGCUCGAGCAGUUCGAACAGCAACGCUUCGGUGCGUACAGUGGCGAUCAGCACCAAACGUCGAUGUCGGAGUUUAGCGUUCAGAAGAUCACCCCACGCCACUCGGAACCCAUGCGGCGCAUUCUGUGUCUCACCGAUACGACCAUCCUGGAGCGAGAUCCCCAAACGUACAGUAUCUGUACGCUGCGGCCACUGGAUAACGUGUACGCGCUGGUAAGGCACGCGGACAACAUCCAGAAGUUUGCGAUCGAGUACAAGAACGGUCUGGUGCGAUCGUACAUCACGAACGAUCGUGAUUCGCUGCUGGCAACCCUGCUCGAUGCGGUACGAUCGUGUGGCAACGCGGACGUGCACGUACGGAUUGCAAAUACUCCGCGCGGUAAGCGGGUCGGUCCCCUGACGCAGAGUGUGGACGAGGAAACGGAAUCCAACCUGUUGCGCUACAUCAUGAGCUGCUAUCAGUAUCCGGUCAAGCGGUUCGACGUGAUGGAGCGCUUCAAUGCGAAUAUUCCGUACAGUGGGCUGAACUACAGUGUAACUCAGGAUAGUUUGUUUGCCGAAAGUAAGGAGAGGUUGAUCACCGGGGCACUACAGGCACUGAUUGGCAGCAGCAAGGAGGACAACGCACAACUGACCAACGUCGAGUUGGAAGCCUCGUUUCACGUGUUGCGUCGUUUGCUGGCCAGCAAAGCUGGGUUUGCCGCGUUCACAAAUUUGCCCGGAUUCCGAGAGGCGAUCGGUUUGAAGGUGGUGCACGCACUCAAGCGCAACGAUCUCGCGGUGACGUACGCGGCGAUCGAUAUGGUCAAUUCGCUGAUGCACUCCGAUCACGAUCUGAAGCAGGAGCAGCUCAACAAAAGCUCGUUGCUGCACACGAAAGCAUUCCUCGAGCAGCUGCUGGACAUGUGGAGCCGGCACGUGAACCACGGGAGCGGUGCGUUGGUCCUCUCCGCGAUGCUUGACUUUCUCACGUUCGCGCUCUGCGUACCGUACAGCGAAACGACCGACGGGAAGCAGUUCGAUCUGCUGCUGGAAAUGGUGGCGUCCCGGGGCCGCACGCUGUACAAACUGUUUCAACAUCCUUCGCUGGCCAUCGUCAAGGGUAGCGGCCUAGUGAUGCGUGCACUGAUCGAGGAAGGUGAUGCGCCCAUCUCGAACCAAAUGCAAACGCUAGCCCUCGAUGAAGCGGCACUCUGUCGGCAUCUGCUGGUGGCGUUGUACACACCGACGAACGACAGCACGAUGCUUACGCACCGACAACUAUCCCGACAUCUGGUGGGUCUCUGGAUCACGGACAGCGACGAAGCGAUGAAUCUUUUGCGGCGCAUAUUCCCGGCCGGUUUGCUUUCGUUUCUCGAAAGCGAAGAACCCGUUCCGAAGGAGGACAUCGAGGAGGAUAAGCUCAAUUUCCGGGACAAUCUCAAGCUGGCCGUACAGCACGCGGGAAGCGCCACCGGCAACAGCCGGUUAAACUAUCUGCUCGAAAAGCACCUGGAAGGUAUCAAGCACUGGGGCAUGAACCUGAUCGACGCGCGGCAGGAAAAGUUGCAGCAAGCGCAAAAGAACCGCCCGAUCGUGCUGCGUAAUCGGCGCCAGCGGAAGAAGGUCGGUGACCAAGCGGCUCCCAAUUUGGCGCUGUUUUUCUACCAGUUCGGCAAAAACCACGCCAUGCCCAACUUGAUCUGGAACCACAAAACGCGGGAAGAGUUGCGGUCGGCGCUGGAGAACGAGUUGCGCCAGUUUUCGGCCGACAAGGAUCUGGCCGGAAACAUGCUGGUCGCGUGGAACUACGACGAGUUCGAGGUGCAGUACCAGUGUUUGGCGGAUGAGAUCAAGAUCGGUGACUACUACAUUCGGUUGCUGCUGGAGCGCGACGAUUGGCCACAGAAUUUAGUGAAAAAUCCCAUCGAACUGUUUAAUGCACUCUACCGAAGGGUGUUGUGUAGGAAUCGGCUAAACGAUGACCAGCUGACGGUCACGUCGUUGCAAGCGCUGGCCAAGGUGUACAAACGGUAUUACGAAGAGAUUGGAUACUUUAGCGACAUGCCGUACAUUCUGCAAAUGCUGGACCGGUGUCUUUCACCGGCCCUACGGGAUGCGCUGAUCAUUCUGAUCAAGAAUCUCGUGCUGCACAAGUCCAACUGCCGGCCGCUGACCGAUCACGUCAACUAUCUGGUCGAUCUAAUUACACUGGCGCACCUGCACAAAGGCCGAGCGACACUGAACACGAAAACGAACGUCAUCGAGGCCGGACCAAAUAUGAAGCUGCACGAGGAAAAAGACUGGUACUACAACGUGGAGCGAGAGAACGAGAAACCGGAACGCUGUGGUCCGGUAACGUUCUCGGAACUGAAGGAGCUCUGGACGAAGGGUGUGCUAACGCCGCGGACCCGUUGCUGGGCCGUCGGCAUGGACGGGUGGCGCUCGUUGCAGCAGAUCCCACAGCUCAAGUGGUGCCUGAUGGCAAAGGGGAGCCCCCUGUUCAACGAAACCGAACUUGCCCAGCACGUGCUGGACAUUCUGAACAAGUGCACCGCGUUCUUCCCGAGCCGGGCGCGAGAUGGCGAAGCGGUGCUCAUUCCGGGGCCACGGUUGUCGCGCAAACUGUCCGAGUUCAUCUGCUUGCCGCACAUCGUGCAGGUUUGCUUGACGCACGAUCCGGGUCUGCUGGAGCGUGUGGCUACGCUCCUGUGCCAGAUCAUGGAGGACAAUCCCGAAAUGUCCAAGGUGUACCUGACGGGCGUGUUCUACUUCAUGCUCAUGUACACCGGCAGCAACAUUCUGCCGAUCGCGCGCUUCCUGAAGAUGACGCACAUGAAGCAAGCGUUCCGCAGCGAGGACAGCGCGGGGCAGGCGGGUAUCAUGUACCGCAGCAUCCUUGGCCAGCUGCUGCCCGAAGCGAUGAUCUGCUUUCUGGAGAAUCACAGUGCGGAAAAGUUUGCCGAAACGUUCCUGGGCGAGUUCGAUACGCCGGAGGUGAUCUGGAGUUCCGAGAUGCGCCGGAUGUUGAUCGAGAAAAUCUCCGCCCAUAUAGCCGACUUUACACCGAAGCUGAAGGGCCACACGAUGGCCCGGUACCCGUACCUGGCCAUCCCGGUGAUCAGCUAUCCGCAGCUGGAGAAUGAACUGUUUUGUCACAUCUUUUACCUUCGGCACUUGUGCGAUACGGCCAAGUUUCCGAACUGGCCCAUCCCGGAUCCGGUCCAGCUACUGAAGCACACCCUGGACGCGUGGCGCAAGGAGGUGGAAAAGAAACCUUCACAAAUGACCGUCACUCAGGCGUAUCAGGAUCUCGAUUUCGAUCUGACCAAAAACCCGAACCCGGAAGAGUCGGCCAUCCGGAAGGCGUACUAUCGGUUGGCGCAGAUGUACCAUCCGGAUAAAAAUCCCAACGGACGGGAAAUUUUUGAACGCGUCAACCGUGCUUACGAAUUCCUGUGCUCCCGAAACGCACUCAAUACGGACGGUCCGAACCCGGCCAACAUUGUGUUGAUCCUGCGCACGCAAUCGAUCCUCUUCGAGCGCUACGCCGAAGAACUGCGUCCAUAUAAGUACGCCGGGUAUCCGCAGUUGAUCAAAACGAUCCGCCUGGAGACACAGGACGAUCAGCUGUUUUCGAAGCAGGUACCCCUGUUGAGUGCCGCGUCCGAGUUGUGUUACCACACGGUGCACUGUUCGGCGCUGAACGCCGAAGAGUUGCGCCGUGAGGAGGGCAUUGAAGCGCUGCUCGAUGCGUACUCCCGGUGCGUCUCGAUACUGGGCGUCGAUUCCGACCGCAAUUCGCUGCACUAUGAAGUGAUUUCAAACAUUACGCGCUGCUUCGAUGUGGCCUGCUGUUUCGACAGUUGCCGCAAGAAGAUCCUCGAACUGCCACAAUUGAUCGUGGACGUGUGCCGGGUGGUAUACUUUAAGCACUCGCUUUCGGUCAGCCUGGUCACCAGUCUGGCGGUAAACAAUCUCGAUCUGCAGUGCAACCUGGUGCGCAACGGUGUGCUGUGGUCGUUGAUGCUGUUCCUGUUCGAUUACGAUUACACGCUCGACGAGAGCGGCGUGUCGUCGGAGGAGCGCUCCAAUACGCAACAGGGUGCCAAUAAUUUGGCCAAAUUGUCACUGCUGGCGUGCGUCGGUCUCGCCGGCUACCAGAUGACACUGUUGGACGAUCCGAAGGCGGCCGCACUGAGAGCAACGACUGGCCACAAUCCGUCGGCCACGAGUAACAGCAGCAGUCCAACAACAACCGCACGCAGUGGCUCUCCGCUGACGGCGGGCCGUGCGGCGCAAACGUACUCGCAGAACGCUUCGAACCUGAUCCAGAACAACUCCAACCUGAUACAGUCGGUCGCCGGUCUGGACAAGGCGCUGACGCAAGACAAGAACGGCAGGGACGUUACGGAGGCGCUACCGGUGGGAGAACCGGGUGGUGGUGUGUCCGGUGAUCCGACGAUCGAGUGUGAGAAGGGUUUGCAGAACAAGAAGUACAAAAUCAGCAACACCCAGCCGCCGGCGAACGCGCUCGUGAAGCAGCUGCUCGAUCGGCUGCUCACCCCGUACGUGGCCGGCAAAAUGGUGACGGACAGUGAGCAGGCGGUACUCAAGAUGCUGACCUCCAACACGCGCAACCCGUACCUGAUCUGGGACAAUGGCACGCGCGCCCAGUUGACGGACUUUCUGGAGCACCAGCGGACGGUCGCGACGAAAGAGCAGUACGGGGACGUCACGGAGAUCCACAGUCUGGUGCAGGGUUUCACUUACGAUGCCCAUCGGGACGAGCUUAAGAUCGGUGGCAUUUUCAUUCGCGUGUACAACGAAAUGCCAACCUUUCCCAUUACCAACCCGAAGCGCUUCGUGAUGGAUUUGCUGGAGUUUCUGAAGCAAGCCUACACUCACCUGAACGCGCCACCGUCUGGUGGGGCGAUCGCCGGCAACCAGCCACCGUCUGCCGUCCUGCCACCGCCAUCGUCGGCCGGUUCAUCGAUUCUGGUUCCAACGAAAGCCUGGAAACCAUUGCCGGCACCGAAACGUGCAGCACAACCGGGGUUGGCCACAAACAGUAACGAUAUCAGUGCCGUGCUGAGCGAAUACGCACGCUCCAAGCAGCGUAGCCAGCUGGUGGAAGGGACAGCUGGUGAAGUAGCGUCAUCCCCGACGUCCACGGCUACGAUGGCCGGCCAGCGGUACGAUUUCAGCAGCCAGCCACCGGCCGUGAUCGUCACGCAUAUCGUGAUGGCCCUCCAGGCACUGAUUUCAGUCAUUAAAUCGAACAGCAACGUCGAGAUACAGUGUAUCGGCCACUUCGAGAUGCUGUUUGGCCUUCUGUCCACGUCCCGGUGCGGGUCGGAGAAUCGUACCAUCAAAACGCUGGCCCUGGAGGUCGUCUGUCAGGUGUCGCGCAACAAGGAGUGCGUGCAGGAGAUUGCGGCGUGCGAGAUUUUCGGCCUCUACCUGGUGGUGCUGAAAGAUCCGGAGCUCCGGGAGCAGCUGGCGCGCGUACUGGAAACCCUGUCCGGGCUGCUGAACGUUCCGAAGAUGGUGAAGGAAGGGCACGCCAAAGGGGCGGUCAUCUAUCUGCUGGAUUUGUUCUGUAACGCGAGCAACCCACAGAUCCGGGAGCAGUGCGGGGAACUGCUGGCCAAGAUGAGCGCGGACAAGCUGAGUGGACCGAAGGUGCGCAUUACGGUGUGCAAGUAUCUGCCGGCCGUGUUUCUGGAUGCGAUGAUCGACUCGACGUCGGUGGCGGUGCAGAUGUACGAGUCGAUCCACGAGCACCCGGAGCUGAUCUGGAACGAGGACAUACGGGAGCGGGUGUGUGAGGCGGUUCGUGAUAUGGCCGACAGUUUCGGGGCGCAGCAGCGUGCUAAUCCGCGCAAACCGUGGCGUGAUCCGGAGAUACUGCCCGAGCUGUUGUCCAACGAGCUGGUCGUUUCGGGCGUUUACCUCCGGCUGUACGUCUCCAAUCCGGGCUGGACGCUCCGUAAACCUAAGCAAUUUUUGGCCGAUCUGCUCGAUUUCAUCGUGGACAACAUCAGCCGAACGGGUGGCAGCGAUAUGGCCGGUGUGCUCGAUCUGGCCACUACCUCGCUGGUGCUGCUACUGAACGCUCAGCCAAACCUUGCCGACUCGAUACCGGUGCUGGGCCACAUACCGAAGUUUUUCCGUCAACUUUCCGUUCAGCCAAAGAGUGCCCUCACCGUACUGCAUCAGCUGUCACUGUCGGAGAUUUGCGUGAGCGCAAUCUCACAAACGGAAUGCAUACCGUCGCUGAAAAGCUGCAUGGAACGUAACAGGGAACUAACAGCGACCGCCUGCGAAACCCUCAGUCGGCUGUUCCGGUGUCAACAUGACUCGCUGAUCCGGCAAUCGCUCGAAUGUCAAUUAAUUCCCUACCUGCUGGCGCUGCUGGACAGUCGCAUCGGCGGACCGUCGGGCAGCACCAAUCCGGCGAUGGUGAAGGCACAGAUCGUGGCCGCCCUGAAGGCGAUGGCCUCGAACCUGACGUACGGUGACCGGGUGGCACACAUCCUCAACCAGAACCCGAUCUGGGCCGAGUACCGCGAUCAGAAGCACGAUCUGUUCAUCACCGACACGGAUGUCCGCGGCUAUUUGACGGGGGCACCAAACACGACGGCCGGCUAUCUGACGCAGGGACCGACGAAGAAUGUGGAAGUGCUUACCUCACCACCGCCCAUCGAUCGUGACGAUCCUCUGUUUGCCCGCAGCAACAGUAGUGGUGGUGGUGGCGGCGGAAUUGUGUAGCAAGUGGUGUGAUCAUAGUAGGCGCCAUGGAAGGUUGGUUAUCAUAGCACUUUUGCUACUCACUGUGUGCGGCGUUCUGCUUCGAGAUCUUCAUCGAGGGUUUCUAGUUGCACCCCAACCCCCAAAGUUGGCCAUGAAUUACACAAAUCGGUACCGCCGGGGGGUAUACCGUUGCCCUUGGUUACUACUCAUUAUGCCGUUAGCUGAUGGGGCCCCGUCUGAGACGGGGUUCCUUUGUUUCCAUCACUACUUUCCGUUACUAUUCGUUCGUUUUGUAAUGUGAUAUUCGACUGAAGGAGAGAAGUGAAAUAAGGGAAGUGACAAGCGAGGAAAAGGAUGCAGAGAGCUAUGGUUCGCACGCCGGAAGGAACGCCGCGGCCGAACUUGGCGUGGCCGCGAGAUUCAUUGUAAAAUAUUCCACCUGAAAGGACGGCCUUUCGGCCUUCAGUCGUAUUAGAAAGCAAACGAGAAAGAGAGCGGGCACGAAACGCCCGACAAUGGAUAGUUUGAUACGAUCGCUUCCUGAAACGAAAAAGGAAAUAAAAAUAAAAUGGCAAUAUAU